CAUGAACGCCACCGCCAUCGACGAUGCUGCCACCCUGGCUGUCUUGAACCGAACCGACACUGACUCGGGCUUUCCGAGUUUCUGCGCUCUCCUCAUUAUCAUCAUUUUGGACCGGUGGAUGAUCCACACGAAAGACUUUCGCAGUCUCGUCACCUUGAUGGUGUACUGCGACUGCCUGGCCGAAAUACUCGUCUGGAUCGCUCCGAUGUGGGCUUCGGCAUCGCUCUGCCAGACGACAUGGCUCUACUGGGCCAGCGACAUGAUAUUCUCGUUCAAGGACAUGUUCAAGUUUGGCUUUAUAGCCUGGCGAGCGACGCUGAUUUCGUGUCCGCGGAUGCGACAUGCACGCAUUGUCCAGAUAACUUUCGCAGCCGCGGGGCUGUCGCUGCUGCUCUAUCAUGCAUACAUCUGGACGUCCUACAAUCUAUCGGGCGACUGUUCCGGCCAUGCAAGCGCCAGCGGCUCGGCUAUUGCACUGAUACUGCUCUACGGCUACUGGUUCCUGGUUGAGGCGGCAGCGGCAGCGGCGAUGAUCUACACGCUGAGAAGGGCAGCCACGCUCGAGUCGAGGGCCAAGAUCUCGGCCGAGGAAAACUUUGCGGCCAAGGUGAUGCGGAAGGAAGCCUGGCGCAUCUGCUGGUCGACGGUGCUGGGCUCGGUCGUCUGCGGAUGUGCAGUGGCCGAGUUUGUCAACCACCGAAAGUACCUCUAUCUCAAGGGGUCUGUCUUUACGAUCUCCCAAUUCAUGCUGGUUCUCACGCUCAUCAACCAAAACGAGGGAGCGAGCGGAGGAUUGAACAGGAACGAGACUUUGAAAUGCCCAAGCAUGGUUUCCAGAGGCAGAGCGACGAGCGAAGGAUAUGCCUGAGUCUGUGAUUUCGGGAAUGCUGAUCGAGCAGAGACGAUGAGCCUGUCGAGCGCCGGAUGUGCAAGAACAAGUGGUAUUGGUCCGAGCCGAGUGUCAUUGUGCCUUGGACUCAGUCGUCCAUCGAGCAAGGCGAUGUUUGCUGG